AUGCUGCAGAUGCAGAGGAGAGAGAAUACACUGAGAUUUAGAGGCUUACCGGAGAAUGCAGAGGAAAUAAUUGAACAAAAAUUUCCUAAAGAACUAGCAGCAUGGUUAGAACUGGAGGAAUCAGAAGUAAUACCAAAAAUAGAAAAAGCCUUUAGAGUCAAGUCAAGUGUAGCCAAAGUGAACAACUGGCCGGCAGUUUCCUUUAAUUCUAUGGACUUUAGAAAUAAAGUUCUUCAAACUAGUAACAAGAUGAAACUAAAUAUUGAAGGAAACAACAUUAUUAUUCACAAAAUUAUCCCAAAUUGA